AUGAUCUAUUCUCAGCAUCCCUAUGAAUAACCUAUAAACUACAUUCCCUAAGGAUAUCCCAUGUAUUAUGAGCAUUACUAGCCCUACUAACCACCUUUUGAACACUAUUAAAUUCUAUCAAAUGUGAUUCCUAUCACAGAGCCCAUACAAUCAACCAUCAUAUUACCAAAAGAAACAGUAAUUGAAAGACAUGUCCCAGUAUAAAAGCCUAAAUAAGCCCAAAUUGAAAAUCCUUAAAAAGAAAAAAGGAAGAAUUUUUUUAAUUUAGAUAACAACCCUUAUUUGUUCUCCUCGGCUAGAAUUAAAAACUAUUAAUAAUAGUAACCCACCUAAGGAUAUCAAUAAUCUAAUGAUUUGCACUAAAUUUAAUUAUAAACAAACCGUUUGGAAAGCACUUAAAGAGUUCAAGAACCUUAAAUUUAAUCAGUUUAACAGAAAAAUCUAAGAGAAUCAUAAUCAGCAAGAAUAUUUUAUCCACCCCAACCUAUUUAAUAGCAAUCAAUUUAUCACUAAAUUGAUUAGAAUCCAUAAACUACUUAAUAUUAUCCUACAUCAAAUAUACAAUAGUCUAAAAUAUUAGAAUAAAAAGACUAUAUUAUUUAAUAAUAGAAGCCUCUUAUUAAUGAAGAAGUGCCUCCUAUAUAAACUUAGAGUCUGCAUCCUUAAUAUUAAGCUACAGCACAAUUUUAGCAAUAAUUAUCCAAAAGUUUAUUUGACUAGCCUGGAAGAUAAUUGAAAGAAUCAAAAUCUCAUAUUAUUUAAUCAACUAUUGAAUACAAUGCACCAAAACAAAGACCAGGAAUAAAUGUGGAUUUGAAUUUAUAUAAAUCAUCAAGUUAAAGCCUUUCACAGUCUAAGUUAAGAAGAUCUAAAAUUUUUGAUUGACUAUAUAAUUAACGAUUAAUAUGUAAUUUUUCUA